AUGUCAACUACCGAAGAGAAAAAUUUUGGGAUCACGCACGUCUUCAAGAAUAUCGAUGGAUUGGCUAAACAAAAUGAAAUGGUUGGGAAUGUGGAGAAACAUUUCGGUGCUUUUUGGUAA